ACGAAGACCGUGGCCCAUUCUGGAACAAUCGAUUAACUAAACGGACCCUUUUUUUCUUCGGUCCGGAAUUUCACGUCUUCAUCUCAUUUCCGGCAAUUUCGAUGCUCAAAAUCAUUCCUUUCCAAAUUAGGCCCCCGAAUUUCAAUUUUCAAGUUCAAAACCCCCCGGCGAAACCCUAAUUUCACGCCCAAAAUGUUCAUCUUCGUCACUUUCACUUUCGCCUCGAAGCUACUCAAACCAAGAACACGAAUACCGCAAAGAUCACUUCCGUUGAAUCUUGACUGUAAUCUUACAUCGACUAGAUCCAAGUCUCAAUCCACUUCCAUUCCCAAGAAGCAGGACCGAGUCCGCGAUCAUGGCUACGACAACUACAUGGAGGUCGAGAAGAAGACCCGGAAAGUCCUUAAGUUCCAGUCCCUUAUCCUCUCUCAACCCAACCAAACCCUCCCCGUAUCUCGCCUCGAGAAUCUGGCUCGUCGUCUUGGCCUUGGCUUCAAGCAACACGAAGCUGGGGCUUUCCUCCUCAAAUUCCCCCAUGUUUUUGAAAUUUAUGAGCACCCAGUUCAGAGAAUUCUCUACUGUAGGUUGACUCGCAAAGCAAUUCGCCAGAUUGAGCUAGAAAAGGAGGCGCUCAAUGCCCAGAUUCCAGACGCGGUGAGCCGGUUGAGGAAGCUGCUUAUGAUGUCAAAUACGGGUCGGUUAAGGCUUGAACAUGUUCGUAUUGCCAGGACUGAGUUCGGUUUACCUGAUGAUUUUGAGUACUCGGUAAUUCUCAAGUACCCACAAUUUUUUAGACUGUUUGAUGCUAAAGACACUAGGAAUAAGUACAUCGAAAUUGUUGAGAGAGAUCCUAAGUUAGCUGUUUGUGCAAUAGAGAAAUUGAGGGAGAGAGAAUACAGAGAGAAAGGACUUGAUGCUGAGGAUAUUAGGUUCUCAUUUCUAGUUAAUUUUCCACCUGGGUUUAAGAUAAGUAAGUAUUAUAGGAUUGCUGUAUGGAAGUGGCAACGGCUUCCUUAUUGGUCGCCAUAUGAGGAUAUUUCUGGGUAUGAUUUGAGGUCACUCGAGGCUCAGAAAAGGAUGGAAAAGAGGGCCGUGGCAACAAUUCAUGAGUUGUUGUCACUGACUGUGGAGAAGAAGAUUACUCUGGAGAGGAUUGCUCAUUUUAGAAUGGCAAUGAAUUUGCCAAAUAAGUUGAAGGAUUUUCUUCUUCAGCAUCAGGGGAUAUUUUAUAUUUCAACUAGGGGGAAUUAUGGGAAGCUUCAUACAGUGUUUCUCAGGGAGGCCUAUAGGAAAGGAGAGUUGGUUGAACCAAAUGGUUUGCAUUUGGCUAGAAGAAAGUUGGCGGAGCUGGUUUUAUUGAGCCCAAGGAAGGCAAAGGUGGAUCCAGAACUUGUUAGCUUUAGAAGGGAUAGAGAAGAGGAAUUUGAGCAUGCUAGACGGGACUAUGUGGAGAAUUCUUUUGGAGGUUUUGGUGUUGAGGGUAAUGUUGAGCAGGAUGGGAUAGGGGAAGUUGAUUCAAAUUCAGAUGUGAGUUCUGAUGUUGAAUCUCAUUACACAGACGAGGAUGACGAUUUUGAUGAAACUAUGGAUGCAAAGGUGGAUGCCCAUUGCAACCAAUGACCAAAAAUUCAUAUUGUUUUGAUGUCAUGGUCCUAGUCAUGGGUAAAUUUGAUUUUCUUGAUCUUAGAACCAAUUUGGAACUAUGGGGGCUAACCGCCAAACUCUAAACAACCAUAGGACUUGUGGAUUGAGGACUGCCAUGUUUGAUCUGGACAAUGUGCAAAUGGGAUUCUUAUUCACUAGUAAACAAGUACCUUUUAUGGCGAAUUGGUUUUAAAUCCUGGCUUACAAAGGAUCUCUGGAGAGUGGAAAAGAGCUUGAAGUUGAGUUGUGAAUUUUUAAAAUGGAAAUAUGGAGCUGAGUCCAUCUAAUUGCUGCCAUGUCUUCUUCCUGGAUGUAAACUAUUUUCACUUCAGUUAAUAGGAGUUAGUUUCAGAAGCUGCUUCUACCUGAUGACGACACACGUGCAAUCAGAAGUCUUGAAUAUCAAUGAAAAUUUUAUUCUAAUAAAAGAAGAUAAUGCAAUAAGUUUAUAGUUUUGAAUUUAUAUAUGGCCAAAUAGUUCACAUCACAAUCUUUACAUUGUAGAUAGUUCUUUGUAAUUUGAUUGUUUCCAUGAUUUUUUUUCUCUCAAAGCUGGUUCUUAGUUCUCUGCUUUAAUGUUUUGUUGCCUCUCACAUUAGAAGAUGAUUGGUAUCUGGUUUCCUGCCACAAUGAAUGUGCUCUUCCAGU